GACAAAAAAAUUUUUUUAAUUUUAUUUUAUUAAUCCCCGUAAUUCCCAAAAAAUAUUUUGGCCUUAAAAUGAAUGCUGGUGAGCUUCUAAAAUUAUUACCAAAUUUAAUUAAUUCCUCAGGAAAGCUAGUAGGUCAUCCGCCGCAGUUAAGCAGACCUUCCAGCCUUUUUUCUAUAUGUGAAGUUUUACCUCAUUUAUUUAUUGCCGGAUAUGCUUCAUUGGAAGAAUCUAAACUUCACCAAUUAGGAAUAACUCACUGUGUAGAUGCCACAAACAUACCAAAUACAAAACGCUUCCAAGGGAUUGACUACCUUUAUGUGCCAAUUGAUGAUUCGCUAAAUGUUGAUGUCACCAAAUAUUUUCAAGGGGUUGCCGAUUUUGUUAGAGGAGCUAAACAAAAAGGAGGAAAAACGGUUAUUUAUUGUGCUGCUGGUAUCAGUAGAGCUGCCACAUUAACAAUUAUGACUUUAGUAAUAAAUGAGGGAUUAACACUACGAGAAGCUUAUUAUACUGUUGUUAGUGCAAGACCUAUCAUCGCCCCAAAUUUAGCAUUUUGGAGGCAAAUGAUUGCCUGGGAGAACGAAAAGAAUGGCAAGACCACAGUUCAUUUACUUAAAGGGAUGCGAACCCCAGUACCAGAUGUUUACUUGAAAAAAUCGGAUUAUAUGCCUCCUCCAGAAAGUUGGGAAGCUCCUCCAAAAUAUACAUUGACACCAAAAAUGGGAAGAAAGUUUAAUACGUGA